AUGUCAGGGGGGACCGCCGUAUAUAUAUACACACACGCAGGGCGUAUAAACACCACCUGCCUCCUGGCUAACUCCGGCACGGCUCGGCUCGUUUCGGCUCAGCUCAGCACGGCACGGCACGGCUUGGCUCGGUCCGGCCCUGCCGGCUCCCCAUGCUUGGGGCCCUGCCGCGCACCCCCACAUGCCCUCCGGGAGAGGCUGGCAGCCGCUCUCUGCCGCUGCGCCCUAGCCCGCUCGCCCCGCACCCCGAUGGCUCCGCUGGCCGAGGUGGGGGGCUUCCUGGGCGGCCUGGACGGCCUGGGGCAGCCGGUGGGCGCCCACUUCCUGCUGCCUCCCUCCGGGGAGCGCCCGGCUCUGCUCGGAGAUCGCCGGGUCCCGGCGGAGCGGGCGGCUCUCGGCGGAGCGGCGGGGGCGGCGGCGGCAGCGGCGGCAGCGGCAGACCUGGCGCACUUGCAGGGCAUCCUGCGGCGGCGGCAGCUAUACUGCCGCACCGGCUUCCACCUGCAGAUCCUGCCCGACGGCAGCGUACGCGGCACCCGUCAGGACCACAGCCUCUUCGGUAUCCUUGAAUUCAUCAGUGUGGCAGUGGGACUGGUCAGUAUCAGAGGUGUGGACAGUGGCCUUUACCUAGGAAUGAAUGAGAAGGGAGAACUCUAUGGUUCUGAGAAACUAACUCCUGAAUGCAUCUUCAGGGAACAGUUUGAGGAGAACUGGUAUAACACUUACUCAUCCAAUGUGUACAAACACGGAGAUUCGGGGCGUCGAUACUUUGUAGCACUUAACAAGGACGGUACUCCCAGAGACGGGGCAAGGUCCAAAAGACACCAAAAAUUCACACAUUUCCUGCCCCGGCCUGUAGAUCCUGAAAGAGUUCCAGAACUGUACAAGGAUGUGUUAGGAUACAGCUGA